GAAUAGUUACUGGCCUUUUGUGCUGCAGAAUCUAAAGAUGGCGAGGUGGUGUGUUGUGCUUUUGGCAGUCAUUUAAUUCGAAGUACGUUAACCACGCGAACUUACGAUGUUACGAUUCUGAAGUAUGAAUACAUAGUCAUGACGGAGUCAUUAAUCUCUUGGAACCCUCGCACUUAUUGUGUAAAUAAUGCUGCUUGUAAACGUGGAUAACCUGAACUGCCGAGAACCCUGAAGGAUGGCAGUAGGUCCGCUAGUAGCAGAAAUCUGCUUCACUUUUGUGCUAGCGGCUUUCCUGCUUCACCGUUACGGCAACUUCACUCAGCACCACCUUUUAGUCACGAUUAGUGUGUUUGUCGCUUGGUAUUUUUCAUUCAUCGUUAUCUUCAUCCUGCCUCUUGACAUAUCUACGACUGCGUACAGGCAGUGCUUACACGAAGUAUCUUCACUCACAAUAUUACCAACCCACGUGUCGCACAAUACAACGUUUGAUAAUGCAACUACGACCGAGGAACCGUUCGUCUCCUUUACGAACAUCUGCAUGUGGCCGUGGAGCUAUAUUCCUCAAGGCGUACUGCAGAGCUUGUGGAGAGUGGUGUACUGGACAUCACAAGUGUUGACAUGGAUUAUACUCCCUAUGAUGCAGUCCUAUUCAACAGCUGGUGACUUCAAUGUAACCGGGAAAUUAAGGACGGCCCUGAUAGAAAAUGCCAUUUACUACGGAAGCUACCUUCUCAUCUUUGCAGGCCUGCUCGUCUACGUUGCCAUUCAGCCUAAUAUGCAUCUCGAUGCGGGCAAGUUGAAAGUGAUAUGCAUCACUGCCAGCAACACAUGGGGAUUAUUUCUGUUGGUGCUACUCUUGGGCUAUGGCCUCGUGGAAGUACCCCGCAGUUGUUGGAACAAUGGCCGUAGAGGUCAUGUCCUGCGCUACCUUUACUUCAAGGCGGCGAAGCUCAGCAUCGAGAAGAGCGAGGCAGAUGAGAAGCUGGAUGAUGUACUUGAGGAAGUUCAGCAAGCCAACACAAGCCUGUCUCAACAUCACUCACUUCGAAAAUUCCUUGACGUCAUCUUAGAAAAGUGCCCUGGUGAGAAAGGAAAUGAAGGAUCUCGCCCGAGAAUGAGCCGCGAAGCAGACGCACUUUCUGGGUCCGCAGUUACGGAAAAGAGUCUGGUUCGUCUGCACCGGCAGGUCAUUCGAGCUUUGCAACAGAAGAACAGGACCUAUUGCCAGUGGGAGAUGCUGGUCGAGAACACCCUCUACUGGGAAGAUGUGCAGAAAAACGAGGGAAGCGUCGACAGACGCUUUCGGUCCAGCACUACCGUGGAAAGGUCUAUCUUUGAGAGGAUUGUCUGUUCUCCCGUAGUGGAGUGGUACUGGAAGUGCAUUCUUCGUGGCUGGGUGCUCCGUGGGCUGGGUGUGCUGCUGACUGUGUUGAGCAUUGCUGUGGUGUGGUCGGAGAUGACCUUCUUCAUCCGAACGCCCAUCGUCUCUCUCUUUGGCAUAUUCCAUAGGACUGCCGAGAAGAACUAUAACUAUGUGGGAAUCGAGGUGAUGUCCAUUUUGACCAUUGCCUACAUGUGUGUUUGCACCUAUUACACAGUCUUUAAGGUGCGUGUGCUCAACUACUACUACCUGGCACCUCAUCAUCACACGGACGAAUACAGCCUCAUAUUUUCUGGCAUGCUCCUGUGCAGACUGACACCUCCCAUGUGCCUCAACUUCCUCGGUCUGAUCCAUCUUGAUACUCACGUGACGAGCGAGGCUAAUCGUGUUGAGACUGCGUACACUGAGAUCAUGGGCCACAUGGAUGUGAUAUCCAUCAUUGCCGACGGCUUCAACAUCUAUUUUCCCAUUUUAAUAUGCGUCCUUUGCCUGGCGACCUAUUUUCAUCUGGGCUCGCGCGUGCUUCACUCGCUGGGCUUUGAGCAGUUUCUCGGCGAUGACGAUAUAACUACGGAUCUUGUUGAAGAAGGACGUGACCUCAUCAAGCACGAACGUGGUCGAAGGCAACGUGCCGCCGAGGGUGAACUGCGUCGCAGGCUUCAGUACGAGAAGCAGGCACGAUCUUCUGCACGGCAGCAAGACAUGGUUGAAACGGGUGGCAUGACUCGCUCAGGGUCUGAAGAAAGUGCCCGUGCCGAGCUUCUUCGAGACGUCGAACCGGUGGACUACACAGAAGUGCGGCAGAGGAACGACCUUGACCGCCUUCGACGCGACCCAUACGAUAUAGACACAACGGGUCGCAGCAGUAGACCCUCGAAUCGAUGGGGUGACCCACCGAGGGGCCUGUUUGACGACGUCUAACGUCUUUCGUGUUCGAUGCAUUUCGUUGGCUAGUUUUUCUGUGUUCAUCGCGUGUGGUGAGAGGCGUGCGAUUAUCGAUAAUGGUGUGCACUUCUGAGCUCUUCGGAAGGGCAAACGGUGUGGCAACUAUACCCUGGAGAAAUUAAUUUCUGCAUUCCACCGAGCAACCGUUUUUUGCUCUGUAAGAUAGAGAUAAACUGCAAAUGUGCACGCUGCAUCUUGACUGUGCGUAAAAAUACGCACUUUUCACCGCAUAGUACUACUCAUCUCACGAACGUGGAUCUGGAGCUAUACUAGAUCUUUGAGGUAUGUACAUUAUCAAAGGUGUCACCCCAAAACUUUGGUGGUUUUAUUUAUUUUAGCGCUUGUUGCAAAAAACUAAAACGUAGGAAUUUUAAUUUGAAUUUUUUUGUGGAGGCAGUUGCUUUGUUACUAGAUAUGUAUCUUGAAGUAAUAACGUGGGCUUUUUGAGUUCAGCGGCUACAUCCGCUGGCACGACUUGUUAGACUUUACAUGUCCAGGGAGUUACGCAUGUACUACCUUUGAAGGAGCCGCUUGUAGUAAAGCAUCAUUCCAUGUACAGUUCUUGCAGGAGCCAGCUUCUUAACAUAGGUACGCAUGUUGCGUAGUUUAUCUGUGUGUAUCCGUACGUUGUCUGUUGCACUGUGUGUGGGAGAAGAUCUGUUACGUAGCUGUCCUCGUCCUUGCUCUGAAAAUCGUGGCAUAAACCAAACGCUCCUUGGUUGGAAGUACUUGUAGACCAAGUUAUGUAUUUACAAAACAUUGGAGUGUUCUCUGUAUGUCUGACAGGCACUAUUGUUUAGCUGCAACUAGAGAUGGGACGAAUCCAAAAUUUUUCGAGUCAGAGUCCGAAUCCAAGGAAGGUUCUAUGAAUCCAUGAAUUUCGAAUCUUUCGAAUGCGUUCUUUAAAAAGAGUUUAAAAAGCCAGGAAAAAAACACUUCUAGUGAAAAGUGUUUUGAAGCAGAAUAUGAUGCCUUUAUGUAAUGAAAAACAAAUUAAAUAAUGCUUCAGUUUCAGAACAAAUUAUACCCAUAUAGUUCUUCUUAAACCUAAUUUAUUUAACAUGUUGUUCAUCGACUAUAAGAAGCGCAUAAAUUCUCGAGUCUGAAUUAAUUCCAAAAAACUAAGCAACAAUCAAAAGCAAAACCAGGUUACUUUUCAACUUGUAAUGUAACAGUUCCUGUAUGAACUCUUUCAGUCCAGAGCAAUGUAAACAAACAAGAAAACACCUGUCGGCCAAUGAGGCUUUCGGCGGACUCCAGAGGCGCCAGUCUGAAAAAGAAACAAACAAACGUGGCUGGCGGAUUCGAAAGCUUCGAUUCGUCGUUUUGGGCACUAGGAUUCGGAUUCGCAAAUCUCGAAUCCCUGCCUAGGAUUCGAGGAUUCAGUUGGUCCAUCCCUAGCUACAACCAUGAGAGAGUAAUGCGUUACACGUUUCAUUUGCGUUAAAAUAUACUCGAGCAUCGAUGUAAAUAUGCAGAAAUAUUUGUUGCACUCAAAUGUGCAUCCCUUUGAGCCACGCAACAGCUAUUUUUUCUAUGCAUUUCUCGGUAUGUGGCAGUUAGAAACACGCAUGAAUGAGUGGUGCUCAUACAUACUGUGUGGUGCACCCCCAGAAAAAAGUCUCGUAAUAUACGAGGCCCUCGUAUAGAUGGUGGGACGGUAGUCUUCUGUGCAAUGGAACACGCUUUUUUGCUUGUGUUUGGUCAUCUAGUCUGAAACCGAACGUGCCACGUUUUACUAUACAUUAAUGAGAAAUUGCAUUGUGGUCUCUGUAUAUAUAAAACUUUUUUGCUGUGACCAUGUGAUGCGUAAUAAAAUAUACACUACUUCGGAUGGUA